AUGCACCGUUGGUCCCCUUUAUCCCUUUUCUCGGCCCUGCACCCCGUUCCCCCCUCUCCGCCUUACACCCUCCUUCUCCCUCUUUCCUCUCUGCCUUACCCUCUUCUUCCACCUAUCCCCUCACUGCCUUACACUCUUCUUCCCCCUUUCCCCUCUCUUCCGUACACUCUUCUUUCCCAUCUCCCCUCUCUGCCUUACUCCCUUCUUCCCCCUUUCCCCUCUCUCCUUACACUCUACUUGCCCCACCAAGCGUUCAGUGCCUUACACCUUCUCUGCCUAACGCCCUGCUUCCCCCAUUCCCCUACCUGCCUCGCACCCUUCUUCUUCCUUUCCUCACUCUGCAUUACCACCUUCUUCCACGUUUCCAACCUCGGUGCCUUGCACCCUGCUUCCCCCUUUCCCCUCCCUGCCUCUCACCCUUCUUAUCCCCUUUCCCUCCCUGCCUCUCACCCUUCUUAUCCCCUUUCCCUCCCUGCCUCUCACCCUUCUUAUCCCCUUUCCCUCCCUGCCUCUCACCCUUCUUAUCCCCUUUCCCUCCCUGCCUCUCACCCUUCUUAUCCCUCUUUCCCUUGCUCGCGCGCCCACCUUGCUCCAUCUGUCCCUAGAUCAUGGUUUAGGCACUUUGCUCAACCCGCCUUGCCUUCAGCCUCCCCCUGUCCUUGCGCCCGACGACAUGAGCUCACGCCCACACCUGUUGCAUUCCGCCGCUUGUUCCAAAUCCAAGCGGAGGUUCUUGACUCUGACUGCCGGGACCGGGACAAGAAGGGCCGCACCACCGUUACAAUCCGGGACUUUGACUUGAGUGGCAGGGAGGAGUUAUUGACAGGGGUCCUGAGAGGGGGGGGGGGGGGGGUUGUUGAAGGGAGGGUGGCACAGAGCAAACGGUACAGGAGUGAGGAGCGAGGUAGUAAGGGUGGCCCGUGGGUGAGUAAGGGCGGAAGUGUGGUUGGAGGUUGGGUUGUUGGGGGGAGGGGUGGAGAGGAACGGAUGAGGGGUGGUGGUUGGGAGCAGCAGCAGGGAGGACGGGAUGUGAGAUGGGAGGACGGGAGGUUAGAGGAGAGGCUGGAAUGA